GGCUGAAAAUCACACGAGGAUGCCUAGAUCGUUCGCCGAAUCGAUAGUGCUUGUAUACUUCCAACCCCGGCUAAACCGGUUGUAUAUGCGAGCGCUGCUGCUCCUGGACGAGCUGUGCCGAAGUCCAUGCCUCAGAGCCUAUUUAAUAAGACAGAGUAGAUGAGCAAGAUUCUAUCUCAUCUGGAUAUUUCAUCUUCGCCCGGGGUUCUGAUGGCGCUCGCGCAUUCUCUGUUACAGAUAGAACACGACUGUCCGCGGUUUAUCUGGCUCAAAGGCUGCUGUUCUAUUCUGUUGCUUUGAGCGGGCCCUGGGGGCUCAGAUCUAACGCGCAUUAUGAGAUUAGCGCUUCUGGGCGCUCUUCUUGGAGCAUGGUCAUAUCACGCCGCCGCGGAGACGCUGGUUACCCGCGAGGUAGUUCAUGAGCUCCCGUCGGGAUGGAGAUUCGAGGAACCGGCAAAGGCGGGCGAGCCGAUACGACUAUCACUUGUGCUCAAGCAGCCCAGGAUCAACGAGCUGAAAGACAGGCUCAACCGAAUCAGUGAUCCCAGCAACGCCCAAUACGGCCACCAUUUGACAAGGGAAGAGGCGAAGGCAUACGAAGCCCCCGAUCAAAAGUCCCAGUAUCUAGUCCAGCAGUGGCUCAGAUCCAAUAAGAUUGGGAAUGUAAUCGCUGACGGCUCGAUCGUGACCAUUACCGCGACGGUCGCCGAGGUGAAUAGGAUCCUUAACACCUCCCUGGGUCGGUAUUCCUUUCAGGGAUCCCACACGGUCCUGCGCGCACUGUCGUACUCGUUACCCCGAGUCCUCGAGGGGCAUGUUGACUUUGUCUAUCCCAUCUCCAACUUUAUGCAACCGUCUCAGAACAGGUUGAAAACCCUCCCCGUAGGGAAGGCGGCCAUGGCAGCGAACGAAGAAGAGCAGCCCUGCCCGACCGGUGUCAACCCGGCGUGCCUGAAGAAACUCUACAAUGUGACGUACGCUGGCACGACGGCACCCGCCUCAUCGCGUGUCCGAUUUGGCAUUGCCGGAUUCCUGGAGCAGUGGAUCAAGUAUGACGACGUGGCCGCGUUCAUCGGCCGGUACGCGCCCGAGGUCGCGGCGCAGGGCUACAAUUUCACAGUCGCCACGGUCAACAACGGGACGAACCCGCAGCCGAACACGCCGACCUCGCGUGCCGGGCUCGAGGCGAGCCUCGACGUCGAGUACGGCGUCGCCAUCGGCCACCCAACCAACGUCAUCUACUACUCGACCGGCGGUCGCGGCGAGAAGAUCGACUACAAUGGCCAUCCAAUCCCGGCUAACCGCAGCGACAACGAGCCCUAUCUCGAGUUCCUGCAGUACCUGCUCAACCUCGGAGACGACGACCUGCCCCACGUGGUCAGCAUCUCGUAUGCGGAUGACGAGCAGUCCGUGCCGCUCCCAUACGCUCUUCGCGUGUGCGACCUGUUUGCCCUCGUGGCCGCGCGUGGGGUGUCUUUCUUCUCGGGGUCGGGCGACGGUGGCGCCAGCGGCAUCGGGCAGAACGAGUGCUACAGCAACGACGGGCAGAGGCGACGCAUGUUCCUACCGACGUUCCCGGCCAGCUGCCCGUACGUGACGUCGGUGGGCGCGACAGGGAACCGGCUGCCCUUCGAAGGUGCCGUCUUCAGCACCGGUGGCUUCAGCAACUAUUUCGCGCGGCCGGCGUGGCAGCAAGCCGCCGUCGACGGCUACCUCACCGCCAUCAACGGCUCGCACCGCGGCUUGUACAACGCGAGCGGCCGCGCGUUCCCCGACGUCAGCGCGGCCGGCACGGGGUACGUCAUCGAGGUCGGCGGCUACGAGACCGAUGUCCUCGGUACAAGCGCUAGCACGCCCGUCGUCGCAGCUCUCGUCGCGUUGAUCAACGACGCUCGGCUCAAUGCCGGCAAGAACAGCACCGGCUGGCUCAACCCGACGCUUUACUCGGACCCCGUGCGUGAAGCGCUGGUGGACGUGGCUGCGGGUGUGAGCCAAGACUGUGUGUUUGGUAGGGAUAGGGUGCGCGGAUGGCAGAGCGUAAAGGGGUACGAUUGCGUGACAGGUCUUGGUUCCAUAGGCGACUUCGCGAAGCUGCUUGAAGUACUGGGGUGAGGAAUCUCUCCGUCGACCUGGGUGCGAGUUAUCAUCGGUCCGAGGAAUAUAGCGUGAUGUAUCGAUGCAGAAAUAACGGGAAUUUAGGUACGUAGAUCUAAGAGUAGGCUCGGUAUAUUCUAUUUCCGGAACAAGCAUUGUUGAAGACGUUUCACGUGGAAGUUCAUUCAAUCGAUGCCUUGGCCCCAGCGCACGACGAUAUUAUGCUCUACGUCAAAUUGUUAUCUCUCGAGAUGAGAUAGGCUGCUGGAAACCCCCUGCUGUACGCAACUAGAGGAAUGUCUCUGAGCUACCGGAAAAG